GCCCUAAGCUACUCCUCUCUCCCUCCACAAUGGACAGGCCCCUCCUGCGGGGACUCCCUGUGCUGCUCUGCUGCUUCAGAGUACUAUCUGGGUCAUUUACGAACAGAGAAUAUGCAGGCAAUUACCAGCAGCACCUCUAUAUUGAAAAAAGCAAAUUUUUUGACACUGUCCAGUGCAAGAUGUGCCACAUCAUGUUUCCAGGGCAGAGAUGCUACAGAGGCAGGGGGAUAUGUCAUGCCACACCGGAGGAGGCUUGCACAGUUGGGAGGAUUUCUAAAAGUGACGGUACUCUGUGGUUGAUCUUCGCGGGCUGCCUGAAGAACUGUGCGAACGUGAACAACAUCAGAUGGAGCAUCUACCUGGUAGACUUCCGGUGCUGCAGGAGCUCUGACUUUUGUAAUGAACUCAUCUAGAAAUUCUGUGGCUCCACCUCUAGGGGGCAUUGUUGCCACGGCCUCUUCAGAAUGCUUUCCUAAAUAAACACAU